GUAGUGGGUUCUGAUGUGCUUCCUGCUUCAACCUUCAGUAUUACGCCCUAUCCCCUGGCCGAUUGUGUGCAGUCCGACAUACCUCCAGCGGCCCAAUUCCGAGAAUUGCUUACCGCAACUAGGCCACGUACAUCUUAAUAUCCCCGUUUGACUUUCUUCGUCAACACACAGCGGCAAUUUCUUCUCCUCAAAUUUGACUCGAGCAUAGGGAUCUACUUGCUGUUCGAAAGGAAAGAAUGGAAAAAGUCCGUCUGGGCUUCUCGUCCUAACGAAAAAGUGUUCUGCCUUGCUUGUAUCGUCACACUCUCCCGACUCAUUUGCAGUUGGUCCUACGCGAGGGCUCUGGGUGAAUGCUAAGUAAUCACUCUAAAGAGGUUGCGAAGCAUCAAAAAGUCCAGAGCUAUCCCGGAGGUCAGGAGAAAUGUCUAUGGCUGACUUCAUCGUUCUGUCCGUAGGCAUCUCUAUAUUGAAGUCCGAAAGCGACAUGGUUUCAGAAACGGAUUUAGAUGCGAGUCUUCUGCUUGCCGACUUGACUUUAAUUUCUUGUGGUCCACCAUCUGCAGUAUCUCCUGAACUCAACCUUGUUCCGCCGGACGAAAAGGGAAGACGAGACCAACGAGUAUCUGACAAUGAAGAUUACAGGACUUCUGAAGGACACCAAGAAGCUUCUAGUUUCUCUUCUGAAGGUCCAGCAUUCACGGCAGUAUCUAACCCUGGCGCCAUCCUCAAUGCCCCGGAAGAGAUAUACAGAACUUUCCGGUUAUGGGCUAAGGGAAUAUUGAUCUGUCUUGGAGGUAUCGGCAAGAACGGCAGAAGUCAAUUUAUUACAUUAACUUGGAAAAGCGGUUUCCUACAGAUGAAGCACUACUAUCUCCAGCCGCCAAGUGGCGGGUGUGAGGCUGCUCAAAAGCCCGCACUAUUGUUCCUAUCGAACGGUACAGAUCAUAAUUAG